AUGCAGAAACGCUGGGAAAAAAUAAAACAAUCUGUAUCACUCGGCAUUAGUGCUGUCAAAGAGAUUGCUGGAUUCUCUACAGUUCAAGAGGAUAAAGCAUAUUUGGAUUUGAUUGAGCAAAUCACAGAAGCAACAGCAGUAUUAACUGAAAUUGAGAAAGAUAUUGAUUCAUAUGCUCAAUCAGUUUCUGCAUUUACAAAUGCACAGUACUCAUUAUCUGGUCAUAUUUUUGCUUUAUUUAAACAAGGCGAACAAAAUUACGAAACAGCUGAAUCUGCUCAUCGUGGCCAAGAGGCAGUUUAUGCAAAUGGAAAGAACUUUAGUGGCCAUUACAUCGAAACAUAUUUGAAACUUCCAAUUAAGAAACUUCAAGAAGAGUUAACGAAAAUCAAUGAAAUGUCAAAUGAGAGAAAGAAAGACCAUAUUCUUCUUGUUGACUCUCAAAAUGAUCUUGAAAAAGCAAAAGCCAAAGGAAAAAUUAAAGAUAUCGUUGAAUACCAAGAAGUUGUUGCAACACGCCAGGCCAAAUUCGCUAAGAUCGAUGAUCAAUUCAGACAAGCUGCUCGUGAUUACCUUACGGCUGCUCCAGAAAAGUAUUCUAACAUUUUCAAUAUGUUCCAGUCAUAUGUUGCUGAAUUCUUUGAUGAAGGCCGCAAACAAGCAAUUGAUAAUGUCCCAACAUUCAAAUAUGAUGAAAUUAAAACAACAAGACCAACAUUGACUAUUGCCCCAGCUGAACCUCCGAAAGAGGAAGAGCAACCGAAACAAGAAAUUACCAAUGAAUGA